ACGGCGGCGGCUCGGCGCUCCGCUGCCCCCGCGGCGGCUGCUGCUGCGGGUGCUGCUGCUAGUGCGGCUCCUGCUGCUGCCGCCGCUUGACCUCCAGCAGCUCCAUCCUCGGCCCGGGCCGGGUUCCCGCCCUGCGCCCCGCCCGGCCCCGCCAUGGUGUCCUGGAUCAUCUCUCGCCUGGUGGUGCUCAUCUUUGGCACCCUGUACCCAGCCUAUUCUUCCUACAAGGCCGUGAAGACAAAAAACGUGAAGGAAUAUGUGAAAUGGAUGAUGUACUGGAUCGUCUUUGCCUUCUUCACCACUGCUGAGACACUCACAGAUAUCGUGCUCUCCUGGUUUCCAUUCUACUUUGAGCUCAAGAUUGCCUUUGUGAUAUGGCUGCUGUCCCCUUAUACCAAAGGCUCCAGCGUGCUCUACCGCAAGUUCGUGCACCCAACACUGUCCAACAAGGAGAAGGAGAUCGACGAGUACAUCACACAGGCCCGAGACAAGAGCUAUGAGACCAUGAUGAGGGUGGGCAAGAGGGGUCUGAACCUGGCCGCUAAUGCCGCGGUCACGGCUGCUGCCAAGGGCCAGGGGGUGCUGUCAGAGAAGCUCCGAAGCUUCAGCAUGCAGGACCUGACCCUGAUCCGGGACGAGGAUGCGCUGCCCCUGCAGGGACCCGACGGCCGCCUCAGACCCAGCCCUGGCAGCCUCCUGGACACCAUUGAGGACUUAGGAGAUGACCCUGCCAUGAGUUUAAGGUCAGGCACAAACCAGGCAGAUCCCCGGACAGAGAUCUCUGAGGAUGACACGGGAGACAAGGCCACUAAGAGGGCCAAAUCCAUCAAGAAAGUGCCCAAAGCUGAGCCACUGGCUUCCAAGACGCUGAAGACCCGGCCCAAGAAGAAGAUCUCCGCGGGGGGUGACUCCGCUUGAGGCCCCGGCACGCACCCCCUGCCCCAGGCUGCAGAGCCCCAGCUCCACACUGUGCCAGCAGCCCUCAUUCUCAGGCCCUAGGGCCUCUCAGAUGGCUGGUUCUGGUGCCUGCCCAGUGGCCCCUCCCCCGGAAGGGCUUGGAAAAGAGGAGGGAGGCCCUGCUGUGGGGGCUGAGGGUAGAGGCUGGACCAGGAGCUGAGGACUGAGCCACUCGAGGAGGUGUGGGCUCCUCAGAGCCUUAACGCUCUUCUCCCCGCUCCAGCCCUGCCCCCGCCCACCCAGUGCCUUGCUGAAGACCAUGGCCAUCCCCUUGUCUGAAGUCCUAACAUGGUCCCACUGCUCUCCCUGGGUCGGGGUCGGGGUCGGGGUCGGGGGCCAGUCACAGCCCAGAAUGACCAGAGACAGGCCUGAAGGCCCUGGGAGAGAGGGAGGGAGUGGGGAAGGCCUCGGAGAACCUGGGCAGGGGCUCUGGGCCUGAAGCUGUGAAUGGAGGACACGGGCUUAGUGUGCACUUAAAUGACCAGGAGGGCCAGGCCAGAGCUACAGCUGAGGGCCUUGGGUAGGGCUGUGUGCUACACGCGCCCACUGAAAAGAGCUGGGGCUCCAGGGGUGUGCGUGUGAGAGUGUACGUGUGUGUGCAUCUUUCUGGGUCUAGAGCUGGGGGGUUUUGAGUAAAGGACUUUCCCUCUAGCAGUAACCUCCCCCCACCCUCAGCCCUCCCUCCUACUCUCUGAGCCUCAGAGGACCCCAGCCCAUGAGAGAGUAGGGCUCCGAGGGGCCUCUCACCUCCUCCUCUGCCCUUGAUCCUCUCCCCUUUGCCUCUUCCCAUUCCUGCCCUGCCCUUGGACUGGGCUCCACCCCUCAGAGCCCUCAGUAGAGGCCCUUGCUGGGCUGGUUCCUUUCCUCCUCACCUGGGGGCCCAUCUUCCUUCCCCCCUAGGGUCCUCGUCUUAUGCCAAGCAGACUAGGCCCCAUGUAAGCAGACCCCUGUCAGAGCCCAGCCUUUGCCCCACACUUUGCCCCAGCUUCUGCCGUGGCUUCAGUCAGGGCUAGGAGGAAUGUAUGAAGAAGAAAAAGAUAUUAGGAGCCAGGGGGCUCCCAAAUCCAUGGAAAGAGGGUGCUCAAUGGACCUUUCGCACUGGAUGAGCCAAUAAACCAAAUUCUGGCACCUCA